CCCCUGUCCCGACUAAAAGAAAGACAAAACUGUAUCUCUUUGUUCUUUUCAUUCUCAUUCCACUUUUUUUGCAACACAUUCCUGGAGUUAAAACACAAUAGUUUAAUCAUCAUGUCCGCUCUUACAAAUCCUGUCAACUGGAUCUUGGCAGCUGUGUUGGGUUACAUCUCGUACAAUUUCUUUGCAGCCGCAGCAGCACCAGAAUUACCCCCACCUCGUCCCAAACUGCCUGCUUUAGUCUUUAAGGAGUAUACACCCAAAGAACUCACCGAAUUUGAUGGUCGAACAGAUGACACCAGGAUCUUGAUCGCUGUUCAGGGCAAAAUAUUUGACGUGACCCGUGGCAGAAACUUUUAUGGCCCAGGUGGUCCCUAUGGCAACUUCGCUGGCAGAGAUGCAUCCCGUGGAUUGGCCAAGAACUCGUUUGACAGCGAAAUGCUGGUGCCUGUGGAUGGGCCUAUCGACAAGCUGGAGGACCUGACAGAUGACGAGAAGGAAGCUCUCAGUGACUGGGCCAUGCAUUUCGAGGGCAAAUACCAGCAUGUGGGUACCCUGGUAGAGAACAAGAACUAGAGAAGGAGCACAAGAGUUUGUUGGCAUUUACACCUUUUUUAUACCACAUGUUACUCUAGAUUAUUUUCAUUUUUUUAUUCUUGAGAUUGUGGGGUGGGGGGGUAUAGUAACAAUAAAGUUUAACUCUUUAUGUUUACGGAGACAAGAUGGAUCCCAUACUGCUUCGUCU